AUGGCUACUCCCCCGUCAGUUUUUGUCCUUGCAAUCUGCAUCUUAAUGAUAACAGAAUUAAUUCUGGCCUCCAAAAGUUACUAUGAUAUCUUAGGUGUGCCAGAAUCCGCAUCAGAACGCCAAAUCAAGAAGGCCUUUCAUAAGCUGGCCAUGAAAUACCAGCCUGACAAAAAUAAGAGCCCAGAUGCUGAAGCAAAAUUCAGAGAGAUCGCAGAAGCAUAUGAAACCCUCUCCGAUGCUAAUAGACGGAAAGAGUAUGAUACACUUGGACACAGUGCUUUUAGUGAUGGUAAAGGACCGAGAAGUAGUGGAAGUCCUUUCGAGCAAUCAUUUAACUUCAAUUUUGAUGACUUAUUUAAAGACUUCGGGUUUUUUGGUCAAAACCAAAACACUCGAUCCAAGAAACAUUUUGAAAAUCACUUCCAUACCCGUCAGGAUGGUUCCAGUAGACAGAGGCAUUUCCAGGAGUUUUCUUUUGGAGGUAGACUGUUUGAUGACAUGUUUGAAGACAUGGAGAAAAUGUUUUCUUUUAAUGGCUUUGACACUACUAAUCAGCAUACAGUACAGACUGAAAAUAGAUUCCACGGAUCUAGCAAGCAAACUCAUCCAGGCCUCCUCACAGCCCAGGUGGGAACUGAGGACUCAGAGGAUGACCAGGGCCAAGGUGAAGUCUUCACCUCCCACCUGCCCUCCCCACAGCCCUGUCUCCUCACACCUGCCCAGCCCCCAGCCCCCCCUCCAGCCUGGGGCCUGCUGCAGCUCUCUGCUCAUCGCCUGAAGUGA